UUUCGAAAAUCUUGCACCUCCACAUCUCGGAGGCUGUUGUUGUUCGUUGCGGCCAUAAUUUCCUUGCACCCACAAUCAGAACGAGUUUGCAAGCUACUGAACACAGACCAAAUACAUUAUUUAAUCAUGACAUCGGAAUCAAAGACAACCAUGGCUCCCGCCGGUGCUUUGCUCGAUCAGAAGGAUGUUUGGGUCAAUGGCAUUCUGCCCUUUUUGGGAAUGGGACACUAUGCCUUUGUGGGAUCUGUCAAUAUGCAAAUGAACCUGCACUACAAGGAAUGCUGUAGUGCUGUAGAUAAGCCUCCUCAAGUCAUCUCCCAAGGUGCUGAUACUAAAAAGGAAGCAGCUACCAGCACAGUCACAUUCUACAGUGCUGCAUUCCACAAUGAGUCCACAGCAGAAUUUUGGCACAACAACAGUUCAACUACUACAUUGGCACAAACCCCACCCAUCCAAUCAGUUUGCUCACAUGUUGCCAAGCUUGGGAACCUUCCAGUCAUGAAAUGGGCUCAUGGUAAAGGAUUCUCAUGGGAUGAGACAACGUGUUCGGCUGCUGCCAAGGGUGGUCAUUUUGAACUGUUGAAAUGGGCUCGUGAGCAUGGCUGUCCAUGGGAUGCAAGAACCUGUGAUGCUGCAUAUGAAAGUGGAAAUACCACGAUACUGGAUUGGGCACGUGAGCAAGGCUGUCCAUUUGUAGUGGAACAUUCAGAUUACAACAAUGCGAUUUUUUGGGCCCUAGCUGUGUUGGACACUGAUGAUGAGGACGAUUGGUGAAUACCAUCCUCGUGGUAUUGCACAACCAGCCAACACGCAACUCUGGAAAAGGACAACAAAUAAAACUAGAAAUGAUUCCAUUAGUAACCUUGACAAUAUCUUGUGGGAGUCCAUUUGAUUGAGCCAUGAUUGAGCCAUGAUCCAGCAAAGCCGAAGUCUUGUCUCU